AUUUGGUUUAUUUUUCUAGUCGUUCAAAAUUUUAAAUUCAAUCAACCGAAAUUUAAUAAAUUACACAGUUGUUUUUUGUUACUUUUUAGUUGCCUAAAUAAGUCCUCCCGAAAUUUUGAGCCUUAUUCCCAAAAUUAGACGUCAAUAAACUCUUUGUAGGGAAAGACCUGAGAUGGGUGGCCUUCUGGAGAAGCCCUCAACGGACAAGGAAAUAGAAACGGGGACCGGCAAUGGACUGCGGUAUUGUGUCUCUGCGAUGCAGGGUUGGAGAAUGGAAAUGGAGGAUGCCCACACAGCUGUGUGUAGCCUGGAAAAGCCCUUCGACUUUUGGUCAUUCUUUGCGAUUUAUGACGGCCACGCAGGAAGCCGCAUAUCAACGUAUUGCUCGGAACACCUAUUGAGUACCAUAAUAUCAAAUGAGCAAUUCGCAAGGGGUCAGUACGUUGCAGGAAUUCGAGCAGCUUUCCUGCAGAUCGACGAGGAAAUGCGGAGACUUUCUUAUGAUAAGUCAGGUGGCACCACUGUCACAUGCGCAUUUGUGUCGCCGGACAAGAUCUAUCUGGCCAACUGCGGCGACUCACGUAUUGUUCUCUCCCGAAACGGCCUAGCUGAGUUCAGCACUUCUGACCACAAGCCGACUCUUCCCUUGGAAAGAGCCCGCAUAGUACGCGCUGGCGGAAGCGUGAUGAUCCAACGGGUGAACGGAACACUGGCAGUCUCCCGUGCGCUGGGGGACUUCGACUUCAAGUGCGACAGCACGCGCUCCAGCUGCGAGCAGCUCGUCUCUCCAGAGCCAGACCUGACUGUCAUCGAGCGUAAGCAGACCGAUGAAUUUUUGGUGAUUGCCUGCGAUGGCAUUUGGGACGUUAUGAGCAGUGAGGAUGCUUGCGCAUUCAUUAGAUCGCGUCUACGCGUGACGACCAACCUAAAGUCGAUCGUCAAUAGUGUGUUGGACAUUUGCCUGCACAAAGGCAGUCGUGACAACAUGAGUUUGCUGCUGUUGCUUCUACCAGGUGCACCAAUGGUAAAUGACGACGCCGUGGCCGCCGAUCAGCGUCUUGACCACACUAUUGAACAGUUGACACUGGAAGUCAUUCAAAAGAAUGAAAUAAUGGACUUUGACGAGUUGCUUGCCCUGAUGAAUGCGAUGGCCACCAAUAUUUCAAAUUUACCCCCUGGCGGUGGCAUCUACGCCAAGUAUCAUAUCAUUGAGCGAGUCUUUCAUGACGCCAAUCCUGAUAAGCCACCCGAAUUUUUCGAGUACAAUUAUUAAUUAGCAUAGCCCAUACAAUAUAAGAAUAUAUUUA